UUGAAUCACCUAACUGUGUUCGCGAUUAAAAUGGAAUAACUGAUUUAAGUUACAAGGAAUUUCGGUUCGGCUCAUGUUUUAUGCAAUGCUCGAGUUAUGGAAUUUACCUUCAUGGUUAAAAAUACAAAAGUAUAUUGGAAUCAAAGCUUAUGUCAAACCAGUUUGUUAUCCGCUUGUUAAAUAUGUCAAAUUCGUCGAUAUAUUAUUUGAUAUUCCUAUUUGUCUAUUUUCAUCCGAAUUACAGAAUAUUGUUUCUGAAUCGUAAUGGAAUAUUUCAAUCUAUUAGAAAUACAACAUCUGGUAACGGAAAACGGUUUUAUUAUAAUAAUCUGCAAACCGAAGGAUUGAAAAUUCGCCAAUAUUAUACGAGAUCUGGUUUUGUGCUGACGAGUACAGGCGACGACAAUAAAAGCAGUGAAGAUACAGCGUCGGAAAGUAAAUCUGAAUCACAGGUGUCAUCGAAUUCGUCAAAAGAUAAUGAAGGUCAGGUCAGCCAAAAUAAAGCUUCAGUUGAAGAACCAAAAAGCGACGAAGGUAGCCAAAGAAAUGAAACACAAACAGAAAUCCAGACUGAAGUUCCCAGACGUAGAAGUAGAAUAGAGACAUAUGAUGAAUUCGCUCGCUUUAGAGAUUCCAGUCGAGCCCCUGACAGCCAUCUUCCUCUGGGACCAGGACCAGGUUAUAGAAACAAGAGCAAUAAGUUAUUCUUUAAGGAAACUUUAGUAGUAUCAGUUUUAUUACAUAAAGUUCUUUAUUAAACA